CUCUUUUAGGUAUGAAAAAUUAAAAGACUCCCACUUGAAAGCAGAAGCAGACAACAGAAAUAAGUACGGACAAGACACAGACAACCGCUUUAAACGUGGAGAUUUUUUAGAAUAGAAGCUUUAAAGCGACUGGAAACUAGUGCAGUAUAUUAGAAAAUGUCGCUUAGUCUAACUUCAAAGUGCAACAUGUUCAGGAGGUUGGGAGAUGUCACUUUGCAUCGUACCCGUCAGCUUCAUCAGCUCGCUGCCCAGCUGACAUCCAUUCCCCAGAACAACAUGCCUGCCCCUGCUCCAGGGGCUCCCUUGUUGGACUGUGCACCGUCGGCAACUCCUGCCCUGAUUGGUGGUGGUUGGUCGCUACUGUCAGUUCGCCACAAGGUUCGAAACUAUUUCCCGAAACCCCGGGAGCACAAGAGACUGAAGUUUACUUGGGAAGAACGUAUUAAAACUGAAGGAGGGCGGUCGAUCCUUAUGAGACGCAUUCUCAAAGGGAAGUACUUCAUCGCGCAUCCUCCUUCUAUGUUGCCACACUGGCCACACAGGGAGUACUGAUUUCCCUCAUGUUGUAUGUAUAUUGUUAUUGUGUCCUAUUUUGUAAUAAAGUCAUACUGAACUAGUUUUUGUCUUAAAA